GCGAAGCAUGCUGGGACCAGCUUUCCAGCCUCCCGGCGGCCCCCGCGAAGGGCGUACGUCAGGAACUGGCUGGGGGCGGCCGUUCUCCGUAAGAUGGCUGACCGGCGGCGGCAGCGCGCUUCGCAGGACACAGAGGACGAGGAGUCCGGUGCUUCCGGCUCAGACAGCGGCGGCUCCCCGGCUCGGGGCGGCGGGGGCUGCAGCGGUAGCACCGGAGGCGGCGGCAGCGGCUCUCUGCCUUCCCAGCGCGGAGGCCGAGCUGGGGCCCUCCAUCUGCGGCGGGUGGAGAGCGGGGGGGCCAAGAGCGCCGAGGAGUCUGAGUGUGAGAGUGAAGAUGGCAUCGAGGGCGAUGCUGUUCUUUCGGAUUAUGAAAGUGCAGAAGACUCAGAAGGUGAAGAAGGGGAGUACAGUGAAGAGGAAAACUCCAAAGUGGAGCUGAAAUCAGAAGCCAAUGAUGCUGCUAAUUCUUCAGCAAAAGAAGAGAAGGGGGAAGAAAAGCCGGACUCCAAAGGCACUGUGACGGGGGAGCGGCAGAGCGGGGAUGGGCAGGAGAGCACAGAGCCUGUGGAGAACAAAGUCUCCAAGCAUUUGGAUGACGACGAAGAUCGGAAGAACCCCGCCUACAUCCCCCGGAAAGGGCUUUUCUUUGAGCAUGAUCUUCGAGGGCAAACUCAGGAGGAGGAAGUCAGACCCAAGGGGCGUCAGCGGAAGCUGUGGAAGGAUGAGGGUCGCUGGGAACAUGACAAGUUCCGGGAAGAUGAGCAGGCCCCGAAGUCCCGCCAGGAGCUCAUUGCUCUUUACGGGUAUGACAUCCGUUCAGCUCACAAUCCUGAUGACAUCAAACCCCGAAGAAUCCGGAAACCCAGGUUUGGGAGUCCUCCACAAAGAGAUCCAAAUUGGGUUGGUGAGCGACCAAACAAGUCUCAUCGCCACCAGGGUCCUGGGGGGACCCUCCCACCAAGGACAUUUGUCAAUAGGAAAGCUGCAGGGACCGGUCGCAUGUCUGCCCCUAGGAACUACUCUCGAUCUGGGGGCUUCAAGGAAGGUCGUGCUGGAUUCAGGCCUGUGGAGACUGGCGGACAGCAUGGUGGCCGGUCUGGUGAGACUGUUAAACAUGAGAGUAGUUACCGGUCACGGCGCCUGGAGCAGACUCCUGUGCGGGAUCUGUCUCCAGAAGAAGAUGCUCAAGUGCUUGGCAGUCCUGAGAAGGAAGAGGUGGCCUCAGAGACACCAGCUCCUGUUUCUGCUCCUGACACUGCACCCCCGCCCCCUGACAGACCUAUUGAGAAGAAGUCCUAUUCCCGUGUAAGAAGAACCAGAACCAAAGCUGGAGAUGCAGUCAAGAUUGCAGAGGAGAUGCCACCUCUACCUGAAGGGCUAACCCCCACCCCUCAAGUUCCAGAAACUACUCCUCCUUCACCUGCUAAGACUGGGAACUGGGAGGCUCCAGUGGAUUCUGCUACAAGUGGACUUGAGCAAGAUGUGGCACAAUUGAGUAUAACAGAGCAGAAUUGGAAUCCAGGGCAACCUUCAUUCCUGCCACCACGCGAACUUCGGGGUAUGCACAACCACAUACACAUGGGAGGACCUCCACCUCAGUUUAACCGGCUGGAAGAAAUGGGUGUCCAGGGUGGGCGAGCCAAACGCUAUUCAUCUCAGCGGCAGAGACCUGUGCCGGAGCCCCCUGCCCCUCCCGUGCAUAUCAGUAUCAUGGAGGGACAUUACUAUGAUCCACUGCAAUUCCAGGGACCAAUCUAUACCCAUGGAGACAGCCCUGCCCCACUGCCUCCUCAGGGCAUGAUUGUGCAGCCAGAAAUGCACCUUCCCCACCCAGGUUUACAUCCCCAUCAGACACCAGCGCCUCUGCCCAAUCCGGGCCUCUAUCCUACACCAGUGUCCAUGUCUCCAGGACAGCCUCCGCCUCAGCAGUUGCUUGCUCCUACUUACUUUUCUGCCCCAGGCGUCAUGAACUUUGGUAAUCCCAGCUACCCUUAUGCUCCAGGAGCGCUGCCUCCCCCACCACCUCCUCAUCUAUAUCCUAAUACACAGGCCCCAUCACAGGUAUAUGGAGGAGUGACUUACUAUAACCCCGCCCAGCAGCAGGUGCAGCCGAAGCCCUCCCCACCCAGGAGGACUCCCCAGCCAGUCACCAUCAAGCCCCCGCCUGAGAACAGCAGAGGUGAGAACCCAGGAAAGAAGAGAAAUACAGCUGGCUGCCUACCACCAGGAGGGCUUCAGAGAUAAAGGGUGGCUCCUACCACAGCAGCUGAAUGAGGAGGACCCUGGCUUCCUCUGAGGACAGGCUCUGUUAGAGACAGGGAGAAACAAGGGGACUUCCGACUGUCUCCACUCUGCUGGAGUUAGUGCGCUCAGAGGAGCAGAGGUCAGACAGCCCACACCUAGUCUCCGUCUAGAAACCCAGGUUUCUGGCUCUUCUUCACUUUGUCCUAGGAAAUUCAAAUGUCUUCUGCUCCCAGGGAAGCUCCUUCCUGUUUGUUUUGUCUUUUUAUCUCCCUCCCCCUCUCGCUCUCUCGCUUUCCCUCUUUCUCUGCCUUUAAUUGAGACAAGUUCAUUUUCCCAGUUUGCUGGCUCCUCUGGUUCCCUUUUGGUUCUUCCCUACAAGGCAGAUAAUUGAGAAUUGCCAGCUAGUCUUUUCCCACCAAAUCUACCGCGAUCUGGCCUUUCACUUCUGGUUGGACUUCGUUAUAUACUUGGAGUCUCCUAACUUCUCUGACUCAAAGUGUAUGGUAGGAGCCCUUGUUUCGGUUUUUAGGAGCCUGAGUCUCCAUCAGUAGUCUCCGGUAGUCUUCAGGCCAGUACUGAGGAUAGAGUCUACAGUGGGGAGAGAUGGCAAAUCAGAUGCUUCUGUGAGAAAGGGAGGGUGGAGUGAGCGCCUUUGCCCGUUAGGGAUGUGUGUUCACAGUCCUCAGGGCUCAGUCUUUGAGGUAAGUGGUAUAAGGACCUGCUGCUUUCCAUCCCUCUUAACACACUCCUUUUCCAAUUGCUGUGGACCAAUACAU